AUGUCCACCAGCGAAGUCCCUCUUGCGCGCACUCGGAGCCCGAACUCUGCAAAGUUUCUGGUCGAGCAGCCUUCCAGGUCGUCUUCACCCCCCGAUGUCAACGACAUCUUUACAGGCCCGCAGUCCUUCGACGACGCGACGCUGGACGCUAUCGAACCGGCAUGGCGGCGGGACCUCUUCGCACUCAUGGAACUGGCAAACUCCUCGCCUCAGGCGUUUCUCAUGCACAUACUUAUCACAUCACUCAUAAUAGUGUCUGCCCUGGUGACGGUGCUGGAGACUGUGCCAGCAUUCCAUUAUAUAUCCACUCGCUUCUGGUUCGGCCUCGAAACUAGUCUGGUCGCGCUUUUCACCGUGGAGUAUGUGGCUAGAUGUCUUGCCUGGAGCACGACAUGGAGGAGUCUAUUCAAGUGGUCAACUUCGUUUUACGGCAUCAUAGAUUUGCUAUCCAUUCUUCCAUAUUAUGUUGAGAUACUGCUACAGCAAGACACCUCUGUUCUAUUCAGAUUCUCAAUACUUCGUAUGUUCCGGCUGUUACGCGUCUUCAAGCCAUUCCGCUACAAUAAUACAAUCCUACUCACCAUAGAAGUAAUGUACCUUUCCGUCCGCCGAUCACAACAUGCACUUCUCGCUAUCGGCUUCUUCGUGGUCAUGGUGCUCACAGUGUUCAGUACCCUUCUAUACUUUGCUGAAAGGGGGACUUGGGACAACACCCUUGAAACCUUCGUCAAUAUUGAUGGAGAUCCUACUCAGUUCGCUUCCAUCCCAGCCGCAGCCUGGUUUGUCAUCGUUACAAUUACCACCGUCGGUUAUGGCGAAAUCACUCCUAGAUCGUUCUUGGGCCGCUUGGUCACCCUCCCAUUACUGGUCUUCGGGCUGCUUCUGAUUGCUUUGCCCAGUUUCGUGCUGGGAAGAGAGUUCAGUAUAGUCUGGGAGAAAAUGACGCGACAUGGGCGGUUAGACGAAGAUAGGAUGCAAGGCAUCGAAAUGUCCUCGCUAACGGGCGAACAUCGCCUCUUCGACGAUGUGGAUACUGGGAAGCCGCAGGAUUUGUCGAACUACAAGCUAGCGCAAAACCAAACCGAGCUGAGCAAUCAGAUAUCGGACUUACGUGCCGUCGUAGAGAUGCAAGGCAAACUCAUACAACGCAUGACCUUGGCCUUGGAGAACAGCUCGAAGGGAAAGGAGCGAGCCGUCUGGGACGAUUGA